UAGUUGCCGCACUCAAUCGAAUCAAGUUGUGUCCGUUUUUAUCUCUCUGUCUCUGUAUCGUCGUCGCCACCGCCGCCGCCGCCAACGCCGCCAUCAUCGUUCCGACCGCUGCCACCUUUGCCGUCGUUUCACCGUGGAAAGGAGCAAGAUUUGGUGUGAAGACAAGCGCACCGCAACAGCCCCAUCGUGGUCCCGAAAAGUGCAGCAGCAUCCCACGCACGCGACCCCAGCUGUAUUGGGCGUAUUGGGCUUAGGCCAGUUGGAAAGCGAAAAGGGGGUGGCUCCUUUAUCCUUAUCUCAUCCCACCACAGUGUAGAGCGCUAGGUGGACACCGGUGUGUGCUGCAGUUAGUGAAGAAAUUUUAAAUUGUGAUUCGAUUGAGCUUGUCUCGUUUUUGUUACCCUGGUGGAACGUUCUCGGUAGUGCAGUGUGUACCGGUGUGUGUACUGGGUCGCGCUUUUGGGUCGAAGCUUCCCGUUUUCGUGUGGAUUCUGGUGCCCCAGUUUUACGUUAAGCGUUCUACGAAACACGCCACUGUUUACCCAUAGUGAAAAACACAUCCACCGUGAUUACUCUAGCAGAGCUGUGUAAAGCGUGAAGGAGGCGCUAAAGAUCUCUUGGUGCUGUUCGAUCCUAACACUAUAAACAACAACUGAAUAAAUCUUCCAUUUAUAAGAUUUUUCUAGUCACGAGGGAGAGGAGUAAUAGCUGAUCUACGUCUAACUAACAUAAGAAAACGGGUGAUAAAUCUUCAGAUUUAUUCGCUGCACAUCCGAUAUAGAUGCAUUAAGUUAAUGCACAUCGUACUCCGGAGUGCAGCGCAGCGCAAUAGUGAAUGUGUAAACGGCCAGCGUACCUUUUGCAGGAAGGAAAUUGUACAAGUUUUAGCGUUUAGCUUUAAGGCGGAACGUAACAGUGGAAGAAACAAUCUGCCAACGGUGGUAAAACGCUUUUCCGGGUGUCCAUCCGGAAUAUCAUCAGUAUUACUAGUGCUAUACUAUACAGUUCACAAGGCUGGAGGAAUCAACGACGAGGAAGACGACGAAGGCGAAAACACAGAAAAUACGACAUCCAAUAAAUUUGCUGUCUUUACUGUAAGGACAUUCGGCGGGCGUUUUUGGGAAGGGCAGCAGCAAAAAGCCUCCCCGGCAAAGCAGGCAAGAAAGCACGAGUGGUCGUUACAAUCAUUUACGGACGCCGCACAACGGUUGACACUUCCAUUAUCGUCGAUAGACGGUAAAGCGCUCCACCACCGCCUCCAGCCAGAGCUCCGGACGCGACUGGCAACGAGAGAACCAGCACCGGUUCGUGUUAGCUAACAAGAGAUAGUGAAGCAAAAGCGGUGGUAACUGUGUAGUAGUACGUCCCCCUACGUUCUCCCGUCAUCUGUUCAUCGCCGCUUAACUGUGUCAUGAUGACGAACGGAAUCGCUGAUGCGCAACAAAAUGGCGGUGGCCAGGAGGACUCAAAGACCAAUCUUAUCGUCAAUUAUUUACCACAGCAGAUGACCCAGGAAGAGAUACGGUCGCUUUUCUCCAGCAUAGGCGAGGUGGAAAGCUGCAAGCUGAUCCGAGACAAAGUGACCGGGCAAAGCCUUGGGUACGGAUUCGUUAACUACCAGCGGGCCGAGGAUGCGAGCAAAGCGAUCAACACACUGAACGGCCUAAGAUUGCAGAACAAGCAAAUUAAGGUAUCGUUUGCUCGUCCGAGCUCGGAAGCAAUAAAGGGUGCGAAUCUGUAUGUGUCGGGUUUGCCGAAAAACAUGCUGCAGGCGGAUCUGGAGGCUUUGUUCAGCCCGUACGGACGCAUCAUCACGUCCCGCAUUCUGUGUGACAAUAUUACAGCACGACAGUACAGCUCUCCAAGCGGUGGUGAAAAUGGUAAUGGUCUUUCGAAGGGUGUCGGCUUCAUCCGCUUCGAUCAGCGCAUGGAAGCCGAGAAAGCUAUCAAGGAGCUAAACGGAACGGUGCCGAAGGGCUCCACCGAACCGAUCACGGUCAAGUUUGCGAACAACCCGAGCAGCACGAAAACUGUACCACCGCUGGCAGCCUAUCUAGGUCCGCAAGCCGCUCGCCGUUUCCCAGGACCGAUACAUCAUCCGACCGGACGUUUUAGCAGUGCCAUUCCAAACUAUCGAUAUUCGCCGCUGGCCGGAGAUUUACUGGCGAACUCGAUGAUUCCUACCAAUGCCAUUGCGAACGGGUCCGGUUGGUGUAUUUUCGUCUACAACCUCGCGCCGGAAACGGAAGAGAACGUUCUGUGGCAGCUGUUCGGUCCGUUCGGUGCCGUCCAAUCGGUUAAGGUCAUCAAGGAUCUGCAAACGAACAAGUGCAAAGGUUUCGGGUUCGUAACGAUGACCAACUACGAUGAGGCGGUGGUGGCCAUACAAUCGCUGAACGGUUACACGCUCGGCAACCGGGUGCUGCAGGUCAGCUUCAAGACAAACAAAUCGAAAAAUGCGUAAAAUCAAGCGAACCUGCCACCGGAGCUGUUCGCCCACUGGCUGGCUCAGCUUUCGAUCGUAGCCACGGCCCGCAACAACAUCGGUGAGCAAGAGGAAUCCCAUCGCCGCAAGACGAUGAUGGACGAACGGCAACGGCAGCAGGAUCCGCUGGGGCUCUCCCGCCGCCGACAGGGAACGCGCGACCGGGAACUCGCUGGAAUGUUGGACCAGCGGCGUUCCCUCGACGGAUGGAUGAGCGAACUUAAUGAGCUACUGAAGAUGCGUCCCAUCAGAUAAGAUCCGUGACCUGAUGGACCUGUUUACUUAUUUAUUACUAUUAUCAUCGCUCUCGCAAUUUCCAUUCGUUUUGUGGGAGCGGUAGCGCGCUGUAAUGAGAGUCUAGGCAAUCGAUGUUCGGUGGUAACAGAGACAGCAAACAAACCAAAAACAAAAGAGUACGAAACGCGCUAUAAAAAGAAAGGAAUGAAGAGUUAUUGAACAAACACAGAAUGUCCAAAGAAAAUGAGGCACGAAAGUAGUAAUGGUUUACACAUACAGCAAUAUGAAUUCCAGAAUUUGUGUACCGCGUGCGUGCGUGCGGUGGGAAACUAUUGGAUGUUGUUACGUUGUUUCUUUGCACGUUAAUUUCUCUUCUUCGGAAGCCAGCAAAUACACCAGGAGGUCAUUUACGAUGGGCGCCAACUUUUGGGUGCUACGAAGAAGGACACCACUAAACGGAAUGUGCAAAAAACAAAACAAAAAUCGGGAAAGGAAGGCAGGAGGACAAAAAGUGCAAUAAUAAUAGCUACAACCCGCGCCAUUCAAGAGCCAUUCUUGUCAGACUGUUGUGGAUGCUAACAGUGAUACACAGUGAUGGGGUGGCAGGCGGAAGUGCGCGUCAUAGUGACCGCUAUCGAACUAUCGCCUCCACUCGUUUCGUCGCUGGCUCGCUAAACUCCUCCGAGCAGGUUGGUUCCGAGCAAAGGUUGGCAAGCGCUCACUAGCCGAGAUGCGUUGUAGGGAAUAGGGAGGGGAAAAAAACGCAAAACAAAAGGGGAAAAGAGUUGUAACUUGUUCGUAAGCAAAUGUAAGGAAGGCAAAACAUUUUUAGAAGAAUUUUACACAAGGUUUUACACGAGUGAACAAAACAAAAAACACAAAACAGAAGCAAGAAUCACCAAAGUGAGAAGGAAUAUAGGAAGCAACACAGCAGGAGGGAGAAACCAAAAUGAGAACGAGUUUGAACGAUGGAAGGAAGAAUCCAAAGCAAAACCAAAACCCCUUGUUGGGAAGCCAACCAACAGGGGUGUGCUGUGUACUGCGUGCGGUGUUUAUGUGUCCCACCCAGACAGACUAUUGCCACGAAACAAGCGUGUAGCCGGAUUUUUCACCACCAAUUUUCACCACCACAAUUUGCCACACAAUUUGCCAGGGGAAGCGAGGGAAGUGUUCGGUUUGCGAUUCCGACAUCGCAAUCGAGAUGUGCGAUGAUGGUGUAAGAUUAAUUUAAUUAACUCAUUUUUGUUCCUUUGUGCGUUUCCGUUGAUGUUCUCGCUUUGUGCUGUUUGUUACGAUUGUUCCCGUGCCCGAAAGCUGGUACGGGUCGAGUAACCGCGUCACGUUUAAUGUUAGUAUGAGUUUAACGUUCGCUUUUGGAUUUAUUAGAAAUUUUUCUUCCACUACAUAGCACAUCACACUAGGCCCAUUAUCGAACGGUUAAUUUGCUAACGUUCCUUGUUGUUUACGGUUUCGUCAGUAGCUUUUGUUGCACUCACACAUUAUUUAUUCGCCAGGUAGUGCAGUACAGGUAAAGGUUAUGCUUGGAGCCGAUUUUACUCCGUCCCUGAAUGAAUGGGGGACUAGCACGCUCGAAUGUUAGUUAUUGUGCUUUUGAGUUUUUGAUGUGUUCUUUUUUUGUUCUUUUAUCGUUUCAAAUUUUAUAAUCCUUUGGCCGAAUCUUACGGCUUUGCGUGUUGGGGAAAGUUACAGACUUGUUACACACACACACGCGCGCGCGCAUAUGGCAGAGCAUAUUUAAUUUUAUUAGCACGUGUUUGAGUUUGGUUUGUGUAUUUUUUCGUUUGUUUGUUUUUGGAUAAAAGUCAUGCAGAUGCGUUGGAGGAAGAUAUAAUUUAGUUGCUUUUGUUCAAUGUGUCUACGGUGUAAAGCAAUCCCGAUGCGUCGACUGUGUACGCACACACAGUAUCUGUGGCAGCACAGCUAGGCAGAGAAAUUGUAAAAUGGAAAAACACAGAACAGAAAAAAGUACCAAAAAUCGAUUCAAAACAGCAUUAUUAAGUGUGUGUGUUUGUUUUAUUUUCUUAUUUAUUAUUUUUGUUUUUCUUCUAUUUGUUUAUGAUUUAUUUGACUUGCGUUUAAGCUGAAUGAAGACAAGACACAGGUGUGCAGGCUUACUGCGUUACCUUGGACAACAGUUUAAUCACGUCAUGUUCCGACCCAGAACAACCACCUUCAACUGCAGCUCCCCGUUUCCUUUGCAUAGAAGAAUGCGAACGCAAACUAUUGGGACCAUUGACCAGUCGUAGCGAAGCGUUGUAGCGUUCGUAAAAAAAACCAACAGUAGAUGUUUUUAAACGGUCUUAAUCGUGAAAAUCCCCACUACUCUACUCUACUCGCUUCCACCAAACAACCACACUCGUACGGGCCAAGCUGAACCGUACCUAUCUUCUAGCCGAUUCCGCCCAUUAUUGCACGUAGUUUAUACGACACUGCUAGACAAAUGCUGUUGGAGGGAAAUCGCACAUUCCACUUUCCCUUAUUUCACACGGCUCUAGACAGAAAGGGCUAAAGGAUUAGCAAGUGCUGAAAUGUCGAUUGAAUUUUCAAAAUUUCCCUUGUUUUGCUUUCCAGCACUCAUCCCAAUAGAAGAUACACAAAACCAGUGUACCAAUCUGCAGACUUUUCCCAGCAAACAGGAGCAACUGUUAGUGCUAAUAGGAAAAAACAAACAAAACCGACGACGACGACGACGAACUGCUCAAUCGAAGGCAAUGGGUUAAUAAAUUGAGGUUGUGCUAGUCGAUACGAUCCGCGAGUGGAACCAACGGUGGACGGGUACUCCGUUAGAAGAAAACCCCCCCUCGAAAUAUGCAAUAUUAAGCUACUGGCAGGCCACGUGGAUACGAGGUGCUAUAGUAGAACCACUUUUCUCCCCCGGACAAGAAACAAAACGGCGUGCGUUACGGUGGCGGAGAGGAUCAUUCGAAGGGGAGAUCUCUCUAACCUGCUGCUAACCGGCGUUGCAAGUAACCGCCGAACUAGAACAAGCCCCAAUCGGAACAAAAAUCCCGAGCACGAGAGUCUACUGAUAUUUAUAUAUCUAUACACACACAUACACAUAUAUAUACAUAUAGUGAAUACUUUAUGACGCUGUACAAGGAAGUAAGUAAUUAUAUUUAUAACUCUCAUGUGUCGAUGAGUGUGCAACUCCAAAACCGGAGACGGAGGCAAACGGUUCGGCUACAUAAAAGACGAAGAGGAAACAGCAACAUGGAACAACAACAACAACAACUAAUGUUAAAAAACUACUAACAUUGCAAGGUGGCUAGCACAGCCAGCCAGAGGGAAGAACUCGAGCAAAAUACAAUAACAGAAGCAGCAACAAAAAAAUGGUAAUAAAUAAUUGCAGCAAGAAAAGAACAACAACAACAACAAGACAUCUUAUUAGUCCAAUAGUAUUAUAUACAUAAAUCUAAAUAUAUAUAUACAUACAUAUAAUUCAAUAUUUACAUUCUCAGAUAGGAAAAUUAAUGCAUAAUCGAUAAAUUUAGAUGCAAGCAGCAAUGUGUUACGAAACAAGCGCGGUAGCAUCAUCGCACCGCGUCACAGUGCAAUAGUUAGACACGUGUGUCGAACCGGCCGGAACUAGCCGGCCCUGUUCUUUGGUAUUGAUUGUCCAUCUUUAUCAUAUUCACUGCAUUCAUUUGAUGUUGUUUAAUGCUGUAAUACGUAUAGUUCGAAGUAUCGCAGAAUUUUACCCGUUUGCCCGAACUUAAAUUAAUCAGCCACAGUUAAACGACACUGAGAGGAAAGGGGAAAGCGUCAACCAUCGGCAUUCCAUCCUGUGACCGGGUCCGUUUGGACGGUCCCUAAACCGAAAGCAAGCCAAAACUAAAGGACGAUAACGAACCGCUUCAGUAUUAUUGUAAUAGAACGUAUUUCGUGCUUUCUCCUGUCUGUGGUUGCAGAACAACAACAAAACAGCAGCAGCAAAACUAUAGCGAGACUAGAGCAUCCCAAUGAACUGACAAGUUCUUCAACAAGCAGCAGCAGCAGCAGAGAAAAUGACGCAUGGGUAAACUAAUUUAGCGAUAAACACGAUUAAAACGAAGUUAGAAUUGUAGCUAUAAAUGUUUGUAUUAUUCAGAAUAUUCCAAUUAUGUGUCCCCGCUAUUCUUAUUCAAUACACCUCUCUUUGUAAUCAACUAACGUUCGAUUAUCGAUAUCUCUCGUUCUCAUUUACUUAUAAACAACUCCUGUUGCUAAUCUAUUGACAAGAAUAAUGAAAAAAAAAACGAAUGGAAAGGAAGGAAGGAAACAACAAGACAGGAAUUAAUCUGUACUACCUAACGCAUCUCGCAUGUUAUGUUACACCAGAUCAACAGAGCAAAACAAAAAAAAACACAAAGUCGAACGGCGCAAGCCACCAAAAAAAAAAAGAAUUACGAGAAUGAUUAUUAGUAUAGCGUAGCAAACGAUGUUACAGCAUAAUUUAUAUUUCUUCUGCACGUUUCAGUACCACUCUUUCUCUUUGCAAAGGACAGUUUAGGAGCGCAGGGGAGUAGGCUAAAACCGAAAAGGGACACCGCUCAAUGGAUAAUAGGCACUGCAAUACGAAACGCCGGAAGGUAGCAAUGAGAUAGGCAAAAAAAACCUAUAGAUAAAUAAAAGUACACUCACACGCGUGAAGAUGUAUGCAUGUGAGGGAAAUUUUCAAGCUAAUCUAUUUUACAUGUUUAGCAAAGAUUUUGCUAGUACCGUAUAUAUAUAUGAAGGUAUAUAUUGAUAGGAAAUGUUUAUUGAAGGAAAAACCGUAAACCGUAAGUAUUAUCCCCGGUGGGGCAACCAACCGAUCCCGGAUGUGCGUGUGCGUGUGCGUCUGCACACGCUGCGUCAAAUCAAACCCAAGUAUUGUAUCGAAAGCUGUCGAUAGAAAAGAAAAAUGUGAUCCCACCAAUGUAAAACCAAGAAAAAAGUAAUUGCAACCGUGUAAGACGAACAACAAAACGUAAAACAAAACAAAACAAAGCUAACAAUCUAUAAGAAAGUAUUAUGAAUGUGUAGCAAAAAAACGAAAAGGUAAAGGACAACAUUUUAGUACGCCAAUUCGUACAUGAAAAGAAAACGAAAGACAUAAGUUAAAAAUGUAAGUAACGGCUACUAAUAGCGGCACCGACAGGCAAGCAAGCUCUACCCCAGCGAAUCCUAGUGAAGAAGCGACUGAAUUGAACCGUAAAAUACUGAUCACGCUCUAAGCAUUAGGGAACUAAGAACGAAACCAAAACCCAAUCCAGCAAGGUGAACAGGUGCGUCAAACGCAUUACAACACGGACAGACGAGCGCAAGCCAUAAACGGAAAAAGGAUAAAACUAAACUAAAACAAAAAAAAAAACAAACAAAAUGGGGCAAUAAAUGGGAGAGAGAGAAAAAAAAACACUCUAUUGAACAAAAAGGUAAAAGAAAAUAAAAACAUAAAAAGAAAAGACAAAAAUGUUAACAUUUUUGAUAUUAACUUGUAAGCAGAGUUAGCAAAUAAAAAGGGCGAAACAGCAAAAAGGAGGAAAGCAAAAACCAACCAAUUUACCAUUUACACACACCACGUUGCAAGAAAAGUGAAAAACAAAGCAAAAAAAAAACAAAACAAAACAAACAAACGGUACAUUUACGUGUAAUAAGUGUAAGCAAAAAAAAAAAAAACAAAACAAAAAAACGGAGCAAAGAGAGAUUUUUAACGAAAAGCAAAAUUUAGGAAAAUAACACCCAAUCACCAAAAUCCGUAUCAUCCUAUCAAGGAUAAUACAAUUGAUAGACACGGUAGGGGUGUGUUGUGGUCAGAAUGUGCAAGCAACGAGUACGGAAGUGGAUAGGAAAAAUUGAACAAAACCAACUUGCGAACUUUAGCGAAUUGAUGUGAGGCUCGCAAAAGAAAGGAUCGAAAAUUGUUGAGCGCAAAACCCCACAAACACACAUACUCUGGUGCAAUUGAUUGCCUCCAUUAUGUCAUUACACUUUCCACGUUUAGUCAUUUUUGGUGUGUAGUAUGAAUUUGAAGUAAAACAAAAGGGCAAGUAAACCUAGUUACCAAGCAAAGUAAACAAAAGUCACACAGUGAAGCACAAGUUAGUAAGUAAAUAAGCUAAUUAACGUUAUUAUCGGGUUAUCUCUUCUACUCUGCACCAUUUUCGCCGUGUCAAUGUUUUUCGUGCAUCCGUUCCGUGUUUUUGGCCAUUAGGUUAACCCUAAAACCGACCCACCCCCCCGACUACCCUGCUAUACAGGGGGCAAAGAGACAAAAACCCCCCAAACCGAUUCCAAUAGUGAUCGCGCGCCAAAACCACUACACCCAGGCCAAGUGCGGCCGGUGAAGGUAGAUAAACCAAUGAAUGAAUGAAUGAAUGAGUAUAUUGACCCCUUUCGGCACCACGCCAGCAUACAAGCAAUAGCAAUCAAUUUGUCAACGCAAAGAUGGUUAUCAGUGGCAAAGGCAGAUACAAACCAAAGCAGGGCGAAGGAACGGAUCCCAACAGGGUAUCCGCAAGGUAACGUCGCGCGUGUUAUUACGAAUGAAACAAUCCCAACAGUAAGCAAUAAAAAUAUCACAAAGCAAGAGAAGCUGCGGGCGUACGGUAUAUACGAUGUGUAAGCAUUUUAAUCUAAUCUAUUAUCGAAAUCAGCAUCAGCAUAAGUAAGUGUACGUGUUCCGUAUGUUGGCGCCGUUUACUCUAGUACUCCAGCAGAGGCAGCCGCAGUAGUAGCGAAUAUAGUUUUUAUCCCAGAUUGCGAAGCGCUACACACGCACACACAUACACUACACAUUAAUUUAAUCUUACCACUUCAGAAAGAAUGUAUUUGAUUUAUUUAUCGCAGAAUAACAUCAAACGAAACAAAACAAAAUAGAAGUAAAACAAAAACAAGAAGCAAUUAGCUUUAGUUACUCACUAGCCGUAAGACAUAUCGUAACGUAUUAAAUUCUCGUAUUAUUGUCCCUGUUUAUCGAAGAAAAACAAAAACAAUGUUUGCAGCAUAUUGAUGUCUGGCUAUGAUCUGUCCUUCUACAAUUAUCACGUUGAACUAAAAAAAAAAAACAAACAAAAACACAUACACACAGAAAAAGCAGCAAGCGAA